UGCUUUCUAUAAASUUGUGCGAAUAUGAMGCGCUUUCACGAUGUAUAGYCUGUUUUCUAAAAUAACAGAAUAUGUAUUCGGUUYAGAAGAAAAUGCAGAACCUUCAAGAAUUUCAAAUGAGAGGCCUUGCGCUGAAAGCUUGGAGCAAGAACACUCAGGAACGAAGGAAACUUUACAAACUUGUCCUGCUCAAAACGAGGACAGUAGACUCACAAAAUCAUGCUAUGGCACAGUGACACGYCUUUACGAUGGUGCAGGAGUUAUUAAUAAUGAGAUUUACUUCACUUUUGAYGUAGCCGUUGGCGGUUUUCGUCCUGAGCUAGGGAGCGAAGUACAUCUCGAUGCAAYGCGCGAAAGUGUCACAAGUGGUUGGAAAGCUAUCCGCAUUUGUAGCUUCAAAGAAUGGGACUCCAAGUCUGAAACCGGCACUAUAGAAACUAUAAUAGGAAUGGUAGAAAAUAUUAAGGGAGAUAUUAUAGAGUUAAACGAUGGCUUGAGUUUUAGUGCAUCGGUUAUUCCCCACCACUCGUUCUCCCCCUGCAAGGGCGACUGGGUCAAGGUAGACCUUGAGAGAUUUACAGACGAAACUUUUGAAAUCCGGGGGGUGAAACCAUUAAGGGAGAGAACAUUCAGUGGAACAAUAAAUAGYGUAUUCCAUGGAUAUGGUUACAUUGAUGAUGAGGUCUAUUUUACCAUUUGUGUGUGCUCACAUGGGUAUCAACCAUACCAAGGCGACAUUGUCCAGGUCACAGCUAUUGAAACUGGACGAGGGAAGUGUAGAUGGAGGGCCACUUUAGUAGAACCAAAGAGGAACCUGUYAACAAGUCAAAAUAGCCCACCUUUAGGAAGUGUACAACAAUUCAUGGGAAAUAGGAUGACUCAAUUACUAUCAGAUAAAGAAGGUCUUGUACUUCAAGGUCCAUUUGACUUUGGUGAAGUUCCAAUGGGAGAUUCAAAGACACUGUCUCUACAAAUAAAAAACACAAGUGACAAAACACACACAUUCAAAUCUUGCUCUUUCCUAGAGAAUUACUCAGCCAGAUUUAGUGCUCUCUUGCACGCUGAAGAACUUCAGAUGGAAAUGGAUAUGAGAGAGUUUGAUUUACAAAAUGUUACGAUGGACAUAUGUGGCGAAUUCUUGAGUCUUUAUAUUCCUGGCUUGGCUGAAGGAAGGCCAUCUUUGCUAAUAGGAGACACUGUAGUUGUGUCUCUCUGUGAUGGUUCUUAUAAUGCACCGCGAUAUGAAGGCUACAUCCAUGAGGUCAGAAAAGAUGACGUUCUCUUGAAGUUUCAUGAAGACUUCCAUAACAAYUUUGGCUUACAAGCAUGUGAUGUCACGUAG